AUGGAACCCGAAGCAAACGAAAUGCUCACUCUGGCAUUUCAACCAAACCAUGUGGACACUGCCAUCCAGAUCUUCCGUCCUAUCUUGGUCAUGGCCAUUAGGGUCCUGUGCAUUGCUCUGUGGCUCGGCGCCGCAGUGCUGCUCGCAUACUCCAUUACUGGCAUCGGCAGCUACAUUCUCGCCCAUCGAACUUGCGGCAGAGGGAGACAUACCCUUUCUGUCGCUUUGGUCGCCUUCCUCUUCGUCUUAUCGGUGCGCUCGCAGGUGGAUGAUAACGCCGCCGGAUUUCUGGACUUUCUGUGGAGAAACUUGCAAAUUUUCUCCUCUUUCAUAGUCCUCUCUGGCUUGGUGCUAGCUCUCUUGGUAUUUGGAACGGCCCUGAAGUGUGCCUUUAUGUUCGCGAGGAAUGGGGAUCUUCCGCGAGCCCUACCACCUACAAGGCGACUGGCAUCAUGCCUUGCAUUCCCUUUGAUCAUUCACUAUUCUGCCGCCUCUUUCGAUUGGUCGACAGACGACCCUUCCUGGAUCAAUGUGGCUGAUUUUCGAGCCAUCAUUCAGACGGCGGUGCUUAUGAUGUUCUUGGUUUUGGUCAAGAUUAUCGUCUUCCUUGUCUGUUGGUUCGCAGUGGCCGUCGCUUUCAUGUCCAUGGCUAGUGUGAGCCUCGAUAUUCUUAAAGGAACAUCCAUCAAGGAGUUCCUGACAAAUUUCUGGAAGCGCGCACGGGGAAAUGAUGCCCCCCGCAAGGAAGAUAUCUGUGUCAGACUUGGCACCGUUUUGUGUUGUAUGUUCCAUAUCCCUGCAUUCGACUCUUUGUAUGCAAAGAACUCCCAUGCGAAAAACCAGAUUGUGGAGAAGUUCUGGGUGACGACUGCGCAGGUCAUGGCUGGCUGGUUGGUUUUUCACCUGAGUAUGGUGGUGCUUUCUGUGAUUGCAAGGGUGAUUUAUCUGCUCUUGGGGGGAUGCAUUGUGCCUUCACAGGAGGAUGAAGAACUGGGCGAAGCACAAAAGGCGGAGGAGGGUAAAUGCGAAGCAAAGAACGUGGAAGAAGAGAAGUCCGAGGUAAAAGUGGCGGAAGGCGAUGAGAAGCCUUUGGUCGAUUUCGAAUGA